AUGUCGGACAACGAGAAGGAGGAGGCUCGUAAUCUACAAAUGGAAUUUGAAUGGGUACUUCAUGAUGAAAUACACCCAUGCUUACAACAAUUGAGAUCAAUACUGACAGAAUGUUGUUCGCGAUUUCCUAUGGCUCUAUUUGGUAAUGAUCAACAAUGUAAAGUUGAUAGAUUUGUUUUUUCGUCUCCUCACGAUCAAGUUAAAUGUGUAGUUGUACUUACUGGUGACAGUAUUACGAAUGCUGAAGUGACAUUCAAAGUUCAACGUCAGCAAAACGUUUCAAUGAGAACAAGUAUACAGAAUGAUCAUCCAUGGAAAUUACAACAGAUCCAAGAUGCUGCGAAUCACCUUCAACAAGCUAUUGCACAUAUUGACAAUGUAGAUCGUAAUUAUUUAUUUAAAACAUCUGAGGAAGUUUUACAUAUACUUGCCAAUAUUCUUGGGUGCCUUCAACGAAGUCGGUCGAGUUUAAUUGUGCCUAAAAAAAAAACCAUUGAUGAUUUGAUGAAGAGUCGCAAUAUGAAAUCAUUAAAUCCAAAUUUACCAGAAAACUUGGCAAUUAGUUUCUACAUUCAAAGCUAUAAGCUCAUUUUGGCUGUGUAUCAGUUAGAAAGUACACAUGGGAAUGUAAAAUAUGAGUCGCAACAAGCUGAAUGUAAUGUACCAUGGCUAAAUGACGCUUUGAUACUAUUAACCAUAGCUCUACAGCUUUGUCAACGACUGAAAGAUAAGAUAUCUGUGUUUUCUCAGUAUAAAGAUUUUACAGUAGGAUCAAGAGCUCCAUCAGUUAUGGGUUUAAACUAA